AUGCUCUUUGACGACGAGUAUAACCUGACGGGUAUCAUUGAUUGGAGUAGUGCGCAGGCUGCUCCUCUUGAGCAGCUGUCGGUCAGUCCAGAGCUUUUUACCUUUCCAGCGUUAUCAGAUGAAGAAAAUCGACCUAUCGUCGAGUUUAAAAAACUGGUUAUAGAGUCUCUAACGAAAAUCGAUGAGGCUCGAGGAAAGAAACCGCCCCUGGAUAACCCAGAAUUUGACAUGGCCCUGAUAUCCAACCAAUCCCCUCUUUCCUCCUAUAUGGCUUCAAAGAGUACGGAAAUCGCGUACUGGCAGUAUAUGUCUUCACCAAGAGCAGGCCUUGUGGAUGGCAAGAUAAUUGCAAAACUUCUAUAUGGAGGGAAUGUCACGUGGGAGCAGUUAAGGGGGAUUUACGGCUCCAUGCCUCUCUUCUAG